UAUAUCUUACUAAAUAAACGUUUAAAAUAUCAAAGCAAAAUUAUUUUAGUCAUUUCACUAAACCAAUUUAGGGAUCGCGAAUAAGUAGCGAUCGGCAAAAACACUUCUAAAAGAUCUUCACACUGUAAAACGUAUCUCAAUGAAACGUUAAAACUUUAUUUUCCAGUGAUACCAGAUGUGAUCUCUACAGCGCUAACACUAUGUUCGAUGGCGGUAACUGCUUCUCACUGGCCGGACCCACAAAAUGAUCCACUAAUGUAUAUAGCAAACCCAGUGGAAGCAAAAAUGCCCGGCCAUUGGGUGCCUCUCAGUAUCCUAAAGGUGAUCCUACAAAAGAAAGCUAUCCCCGGACCCUAUAAGGAAUCGGGAAUUGUGCAUCAAACGAAACGACCUCAAAAAUAUAAAAUACCAGAAAAACCUAGGGGUCCUCAAAAGGAUGAGAUUUCUAAAAAACCGAAGGGACCUAAGAAAAAUGUGGAAACAAAUGGCAAGAAGAACCAGCCAAGUUCAUCAAAAGUUCACUCAGAACAGAAGAAACCCCCAAAAGGGAACUCAGGCGAACAUGACCCACCAAAAGGGAACACAGACGAAAAUGACCCGUCACAUGACAAUCAAGAAAAUGAAGAAGUAGUGGAAAAUGAAAACACUGAACCACACACGGGCAUGGAAAAUCAAGAGGGAGGAGAAAGUCAAAAGGAAGAAGAAAAGGAAGAAGAAAAGGAAGAAGAAAAGGAAGAAGAAAAGGAAGAAGAAAAGGAAGAAGAAAAGGAAGAAGAAAAGGAAGAAGAAAAGGAAGAAGCAGACGUCGAAACAGAACCACCAGAACCAACAAAGAAGAAGAGAAAACGUAAACCCAAACAUAAUACACAUCAAAACAGUCCCAGUCGCUAGCCUUGGAAAAGUUUUUUUUCUUAACAGAACUUUUAAACUUAUAAUAACUAGGUAUACAUGUACUACUACCUAUUGACAUUAUAUUUACUUACUAGCUUCUGCCAGCGACUUCGUCCGCGUUAAAUUCGGACUUUGUGUAAAGAGAGGAAGAAUACUAAACACCAGCCAAUCCAAUUCUAAAUCUAUGCGUACCUACUACUACUUCAUCUAAAAAGAAAUAAAAUGAAAACUAUUAUAUUAAUAAACUAGCUUCUGCCCGCGACUUCGUACGCGGAUCCUGUCCCUUAUGCCAGCGACU